AUGAGGUCAGGACGAGGUCACAGUGAGGACUCGCAGGGAGUCAUCGAGGCGUUGCAGGACAAGGCGCGGCUACUUGAGGCGCCUAUUGAGCGCAUGAACUCGGACAAGAAGCAAGCGGAGAAGCACCUCAUCGAGAACAAGGAGAACCUCGAGAUGGAGAAGAUCGACAACGCCCGCCUGAAGACGCUGCUCGACAACGAGAGGUCAAAGGUGCGGGAGCUGGACGAGCUGGUGAGCGCGAGGCAGAACACGGGAACGACGGAACUAGAGGAGCUGCUCUCUAAGACGCGGGAGGAGAAGGGUCGCGCGGAGGCUCGCGUUGCCAACCUGCAGGAAGCUCUCGCUCACAGCCAGAACGAAGCCACCAAGCUCAAGGACAAGGUCUUCUACCUAGAGGAGGAGCUACAGGU